ACAGCAGCAGCAUCAGUAGAGUAUGUUACAUUACUGAAUAUAUAUCUACUAAAGUUUUACAGCAGCAUAGUGACCGAUCUACACAAGCAGUAGGUGAAGUUAAGUGCAGCUACGGUUUCUCAAGAUGUCCGAAGAUAUUUAUGCCAAAGCAGAUAUGUCAAAGAAGGUGAGAUACAACAGAACUGUGCAGGAAGACAAAGGAGAAUGGGAGGAAAGGACGGUGGUAAUAUACGAGAGCACAGACGUUAUCAGAGAUGAUCACACUGAUAAUUGGUCACACGGAGGAGGACCAGACACUGAGAGGCAUCCUCCAGCUGUCCAAAGGAAGACUUUCAGGGCUGCAGCACUCUGUCUGGCAGUGCUCUGCUUUCUGAUGAUGACUGGAAUCAUCCUCUUAUCUGUAUACUUGAGUUUGCGGCAGACCAGAUACGACCAACUGAGCAAAAACAACACUCAUUUACAGAGCAGCUUUGAAACACUGAGUGUAAAUCACAGUCAGUUACAGGAUGAAUUAAAGCAGCUGAAGGACAGAACUGAAGUCACUUUGCUGCAGACCCGAUACGACCAACUGAUCAACAACUACAGCUGGUUACAGAGCAGCUACCAAACACUGAGUGUAAAUCACAGUCAGUUACAGGAUGAAGUAAAGAAGCUGAAGAACAGAAUUAAAGUUGUUGUUAAAAGCUGUCCUCAUGGAUGGACGAGAUUUGGACACAGUUGGUACUUUAAAUCAGAAGAGAAGAAGACUUGGUAUGAUAGCAGAGAUGACUGUCAGCAGAGAGGAGCAGAUCUGGUCGUCAUAAACAACGACGAAGAACAGGAGUUUGUCACUGAGCUGAGUAAGGAUGGAGAGUUCUGGAUUGGUCUAUGGUAUGAAUGGACACAAAGAGAAUGGAAAUGGGUGGACGGAUCACCGCUGACAGAAAAGUUCUGGGCAGCAGGACAGCCUCUCCAUGAUAGUGAAUGGAACCCUGGGACAUGCUGCGAUCAACAAGGAAAAUGGACACAAGGAUAUUAUAAUGAUAAUAGGAAGUGGAUAUGUGAGAAAAUUAUUAUCUGAACUCUUUGAUGACAGAGAGGUGUGUAGUGUUGGGAUCAGCUUUGUUAAAUCAGACCAAUUCUUUAACAUUUGCUCAGCUGUUUAUUCUGUGUUGCUAAAUAACCUGAUUACAGAGAUAUUGUUCCUCUGCCCUUCAUAGUGCAUAAUCUGGUUAGAAGUCAUGUGUACUUACUCUGUAGUCCUACUGGAUUAUUAUAAUAAAAGCUAAUAAAAACAUGGAUUAGCAGGUUGCCUUUAACUUGGUUUAUGUAGUUGAUUAUAACGUUUGUAAUCAGUUAGUUAGAAGUUUUUCCUUAGAACGUUUUACACUCCACACAAAAUAAACUCCACCCUACCUCCAUCUCCCCUCCCAAACCCGUCCCCACAACCAAUUAAAUCAUUAGUAUUAUUUUUUAACGUUGCACUGUAACCUUAACCUAACUAUUGUAUUUGUAUCUUUAAUUUUAGCCUGUAUUCCUUUCAUGAAAGUUUUUAAUUGCUCUUUAAUGUUUGAUGUAAAGCGUUUUGAAUUGCCUUGUUGCUGAAAUGUGCUAUAGAAAUAAAGAUGCCUUGCCCUACAACCUCCAGCCUGUCAGUCUGUCUCCAGGGCAUAGAGAACACUGUUGAGCCUGUCUGUCUCAGAGGAAGUGUAGUGUUAACCGCGCUAUACGGCCGCUUUUUGGCUCGUGAUUAUAUUAUAUUGCAGUAAACGCUGUCUGUGUGGAGUUUUGAAAAGUGUAACCACACUUGCGACCGCAUUUCCGUGACUCGCUGUGACUUGAAGCUGCAGAGGAGACGUAGUUUGCUCCGUCUGCACCGCAGCUCUGUGUCAAGUCAAUUUAUUAAUAGAGCACAUUUAAAACCAACCUAGGCUGAACAAAGUGCUGUACAAAGUUAUAUUAUGUUAUAAAAACAAAGGAAAACAAUAAAAAUAUAGACACAAUGAACAUCAUACAAACAACACAAUUCCAUACAAAUGUCCCUAAACUAAAUCAUACGUCUCAGCUUGACUCAAAUCAGCUGAUGGUGUCGCUGCGACUCAGCUGUUCAAGUCCACCCAAAGCACGGUAACGUUAUAUGGUCAAGCGAGAUAGAGAGUGACUGAAGAGAGAGCGCCCAGCGGCGUUAGA